AAGCAAAACAACAACAGAAACCCAACCCGGCGCAAGAUCAUAAUCGUGAACCGGUUCUUUCCGGUAAAUUCCCGACGUAAAUCUCGUAGAAUAGGGUAGGAGGUCCUAAUUUUGGCAAGCAACCUUCCUCGAAAGAUGUACGGAACUCGCUCCCGAAAUUCCGCCGUUCUCCCUUUGUUUGCGUUGCCAGAGUCAGUCAGCUGGGCAAUUCGCACCCGAGGUCUCGACCCGGCCAGGAGUUUGGCUCUGGAAGCUCGCGUGACAGUCGGCGUGCUUAGCCACGACGCGCGGAGGAUCGCACCGCGUAGUGUUCUCAAGAUGAUGUCACUGAACGGGCUGCUGUUGGCGUUGGCUCUCGGAGCUGCUGCUGGUCAGGGAUGGAUUGCGGGUGUGGCCGGCCAGGAACGGAUUGCUGUGAAGAAAUGUGCCGAAUACCGGAAGCUGACGGUGAAGACUUCAACGCUGAUAACGCUAUCGCUGCGUCCUACGGCGAUCUCUUUCGAGGACUACAAGUGUCCGAACGUGGUUGAUUUGAUCGUGGGAGGUGAGGCUGCCCGGCGGGGGGAGUUCCCCCACCAGGCGCUGAUCGGAUACCAGGCGGAGUCCGAUCCGCGGAAGAUCGAGUUCAAGUGCGGUGGAUCGCUGAUAAGUGAGCGCUUCGUGUUGACGGCAGCGCAUUGUUUGUCUGGUGCGAAACCGGUUGUCGUACGGCUCGGUGAGAAUGAUCUGCGCGAUGAAGAUGACGAUCAGGUUGACUUUGACAUUGAAGCUAUCGUUCGACAUCCGGAGUACACCAUCCGAAGGGCUUACCAUGACGUGGCGCUGGUCAAACUGGCCCAAAAUGUGAUUUUUACGCGCCAGAUCAGGCCGGCUUGCCUGUGGACAGGUCACAACUUGAAUAUCUCGUCGGCGAUCGCUACCGGCUUCGGAAGGACUGAAUUUGACGGCUCAACGUCGGACGUGUUGAUGAAGGUCCAGCUGGACGUUCUCGACAAAUCCGAGUGCAACGGGUUCACCACCAGUCGAAAGUUCAAGAUGGGACUGAUCGAGGGACAGCUGUGCGUUGGGAGUCACGCCGGUGGGAAGGACACCUGCCAGGGUGACUCUGGAGGACCGCUGGAAACGGUGACCGAAGAGAAGGGCUGCAUGUUCCACAUCGUAGGCAUCACAUCGGUUGGUUCUGCCUGCGGUUACGGGAAAUCACCGGCGAUCUACACGCGAGUGUCCAGCUACGUCGACUGGAUCGAGAAAGUGGUGUGGGAAUUGGACUGACCAGCUUAAAAAUACAUAAACUAGCUUGAUCAA